AUGUCUUCAUGUAAGGAUACGCCAACUAAAACGGCAUCGAACAUAGUAAAAACAUGGCUUUUCAAUUCACCUUCACAUGGAAUUCGAAGAAUAGGUCGAGCCAACACAUUUCGAACAACUUUUUUUUGGACAUCUAUUUUUUGGACAUUUACAAUAUUAAUGUGUGCUUUUAUUUAUACAGCUAUUAGUAAUUAUAUUACUCAUCCAACAAAAAUUCAUUUAAGUAUAAGACAAUAUCGAGAUCCUGCUCAUUUUCCAGCUAUUACUUUCUGUAAUAUCAAUCCUCUUCAAGACGAUAAGUUUCUUACUGAUGUAAGAAAAUCUCGUUUACCAGGCCGUAAUAUAUCUGGGGUUGUAACCGAAGCGGAAUAUCGAAAAGCAUUUUCUGCAUAUGUCGAUAGAAUUCUUACUGCUCAAGCUAAUGGUGAAACACAUCCAUUUGUUUAUUGGGGUUUUAAGUUAGAUGAUCUUCUUAUAAGAUGUAUAUUUAAUAAACGACAUUGUCAUCGAAAUUUAACACAAUUGUUUCAUCCAAAUUAUGGAAAUUGUUAUACUUUUGAUAAUGAUAUUGAUGUUCAAGAUAAAGAAUCAAAUGAUUUACGUCAUGAUUGGUCAAUUGAUGAUGAUAUUGGACAUAAUAAUUAUAAAUUAUAUCUUGAAUUAUUUCUUCAUCAACCGCAAUUUAAUGUAUUUUUAGAUCAUCGAGCAGCAUUUCGUAUAUUUAUUCAUCGUAAACAUGAAGUACCUAUUCUAUCACAAAAUAGUCUUUUCGUAGGACCAAAUAAAUAUACAAAACUUAGUUUUUCACAAAGUAUUACAUCAUUUUCACGACAAUGUCGAAAUGAAUUAACCGACGAUAUGAAACAAAUAUUGCGUACACAUACCAUACGAUAUACUCAAGCAUUAUGUUAUAAAUUAUGUGAAAAACGUUUUGUGGAAGAACAAUGUCAUUGUAUAGAACCAACAAUAGCUGUUUUCUAUCAAUUUUUCAAUGAUAAAAAUUGUAAUAAUACUCAAACAACAAACAACAAUAGUUUAUGUUCAAUUGAUGAUGAAUGUCUUACUCGGCGUAUUCACUUCAAUCCAAGUAAAUUAUGUCAAGAAUGUUUACCUGAAUGUGAAAUUAUUCAAUAUUCAGUUCAAUCAUCUUAUGCACGUUAUCCAAACUCAAACGCAUACAAACAAGUUUCAAAACGCGUUCGAACACAUUUUGGUCGUAUUGCAAGCUCUUAUGCUUCUUUAAAUAUAUCCAAUGAAUUACUAACUAAUUUUCGUACGGUAAUACGUGAUAAUAUUGUAGCAGUCGAAAUCUCAGCUAGUCCAUAUCCAACAGAAAUCCUAAUGGAAUCUCCAAUGUAUACAUGGGUUGAUCUUAUAUCAAGUAUUGGUGGACAAACAGGUUUUAUUUAA